AUGACUGUUAUUUCUGAUUCUGAUGAUGAUUUUGUGAUUCUGGCUCAGUCACAGAGUUUGGUGACUUCCGUGAAUAUCCGAAAAGCCAAUGGCUUCAUGACUGAUGUGAGUAAGGAUCCGCCAUGCGAGAUUGUUGAUGAUGAUGUUGAUGAAAUUAGCAAUGUUUUGAAGAAGAGGUUUUCAUCUCCUGAAACGUGGGUUGAUAAUCAACCUGAAUUUAACAACAAACAAUUUCCCAAAUCGUAUGAUAUGAUGGUUGACAUCUUGGGGAAGUGUAAAAAAUUUGAUUUGAUGUUGCAAUUUGUUGAGGAAAUGAAUCACAUUGGGGGAUUGGUCUCGUUAUCAACAAUGGCUAAAGUUAUUAGAAGGUUUUCAGGGGCUAGAAGAUGGCAUGAUGCUAUAAAGUCCUUCUAUGAUUUGGAGUUGUUUGGGGUAAAGAAGGAUUGUUCAGCUUUGAAUAAGGAUUUCGGGAAUGCCAAUGCUAUUCUUACUGAGAUGCGAUCCCAGGGAUGCCUUCCAACUGUUGUUACAUACACAAUCAUAAUGCAUUCUUUAGGAAAGAUGCAAAUUGUCCGCUUUGAGGAGAUGCACAGGGAUGGGAUUCGUCCAAAUGCUAUUACAUACAGUACCUUGAUUUCCGCCUUUUGUGAUUAUUCUCAAGAGGAAGAUGCGUUCAAACUAAUUGCAAAAAUGGGAGAAAUCCCUUGCAUGCCUGAUGUCAAGACUUACCACCUGUUAUUGAAACUAUGCUGUAAAAGGAAAUAUACAAAACUGUUAAUGUACUUGUUAGUAGAUAUGUUUGAAAAGGAUAUUAGCUUGGAUCCAGGCACCUACACUAUGCUAGUGCAGAGUCUGUGUCAGAAUGGCAAAACUACAACAGUCAUGCUUGUUUUUUGA